CACGCCUGGCGUUGCAACUCUGAUACUCACAUGGGGGCAAACCAUUCCUGCUCUGCAGCCUCUUGAUUUGCGCCUGCUGCUUCCAUCGCCGGGGCGAGGCCCCCUCCAUGGAAGAGCCAGCAGAAGACAGGCGAUUGCAGGUGCGAGAAGAGGGUGGUGGUGAUCAAGAACCGCUCCUCCUUCCUCAGCAGGGUGCUAGUCUUUAUACAGGAGAUGGAUCUGUUGAUAUCAAUGGGUGUCCUGCAUUAAAGCAUGCCACUGGCAAUUGGCGUGCAUGUUUUUUCAUCCUAGGGGAUGAAUGCUGUGAGAGACUGGCGUAUUAUGGUAUUGCAAAGAACCUAGUUACUUAUCUGAAAACAAAGCUUCAUCAAGGCAACCUUGAAGCUGCAAGAAACGUUAUAACUUGGCAGGGGACAUGCUACCUAACACCCCUCAUUGGAGCCAUCCUGGCAGACUCUUAUUGGGGGAAGUACUGGACUAUUGCUGUUUUCUCAGCCAUUUAUUUUGUUGGCCUGGCUAUCUUGACACUGUCAGCAUCUCUUCCAGCUCUACAACCACCUAUAUGUUCAGGAUCUAUUUGUCCAGAAGCAAGCUUACUCCAGUAUGCUGUAUUUUUCUCUGGCCUUUAUAUGAUAGCCCUUGGGACUGGAGGCAUCAAACCUUGUGUCUCAUCCUUUGGAGCCGAUCAAUUUGAUGACAGUGAUCCAGCAGAGAGAGUAAAGAAAGGCUCCUUCUUUAAUUGGUUUUACUUCUGUAUAAAUCUUGGUGCAUUUGUAUCGGGCACUGUUAUAGUGUGGAUACAAGAUAACUCAGGUUGGGGGAUAGGAUUUGCCAUUCCUACUAUAUUUAUGGCGUUGGCUAUUGCAAGCUUCUUUGUUGCCUCAAAUAUAUAUAGAUUUCAGAAACCUGGUGGGAGUCCUCUUACAAGAGUGUGCCAGGUUGUUGUUGCAGCAUUCCGUAAGUGGCACACUAAAGUGCCACAUGAUAAGUCUCUUUUAUAUGAGGUUGAUGGCCAGAUUUCAGUGAUUGAGGGAAGCCGAAAACUGGAGCAUACAAGUGAACUUGAAUUCUUUGACAAGGCUGCCAUCAUCUCAUCUGCCGAUGCCAAGAGUGACUCCUUUGCAAAUCCAUGGAGGCUAUGCACAGUCACCCAGGUGGAAGAACUGAAAAUUUUAAUCAGAAUGUUUCCCAUUUGGGCCACUACUAUUAUAUUCAACGCGGUGUAUGCUCAGAACUCUUCCCUGUUCAUAGAGCAGGGGAUGGUCCUCGACAAGCGGGUUGGAUCUUUCAUUGUUCCUCCAGCAUCCCUCUCAACUUUUGAUGUUAUCAGUGUCAUCAUCUGGAUUCCACUUUAUGAUAAAGUUCUUGUGCCAAUAGCUAGAAAGUUCACUGGAAGGGAGAAGGGUUUCUCCGAGCUACAAAGGAUCGGAAUCGGAUUGGUCCUGUCCAUUCUUGCAAUGCUAUCUGCAGCUCUUGUUGAGUUGAGGCGUUUAGAGAUCGUCAGAUCUGAAGGUCUUAUUCAUGAGAAGGUUCCUGUUCCGAUGAGCAUUUUUUGGCAAAUACCGCAGUAUUUCUUGGUUGGCGCUGCCGAGGUCUUUGCUGCCAUUGGCCAGGUUGAGUUCUUCUAUGAUGAAGCCCCUGAUGCUAUGAGGAGUUUAUGUAGCGCCUUUGCACUUGUAACAGUCUCAACGGGGAGCUAUUUAAGCUCAAUUAUAUUGACCUUGGUGUCACAUUUUACAACUCAAGGAGGGAAUCCUGGAUGGAUCCCAGAUAACCUGAAUGAAGGCCACCUAGAUCGGUUCUUUUCGUUGAUUGCUGGGAUAAGCUUUGUGAAUUUGCUGGUUUUCACUGUUUGUGCAAUGAGAUACAGAUACAAGAAAGCGUGAUGACUGUACCCACGGUAAAAACCAGUUUGUGUAUGUAGUAGCAGAUUUCACAUGCAUCAAAUGCAGUCCACUGUACAGACUAAACCUGGUAAAUUGACGUGUCUCUAGAUGCACGCCCUCAUCAAGUUAUUUUGCAGCUC